GAGAUUCGGUCGUAUGUAACGCCUUUCGUGCCAAAGCGUUGGUUGUCUCUUUGUUGUUUCGCCGGCCACCGUUCAGCAAAGCAUUAUUACCGUCUUAAGACUUCGAUCUUUGUAUCUUUCCCUUUCUUGGUCUGCACAAUCUCUUAUUCUAUUUCUCCUUCGUCCUCUAUGCCCGUUUUGAUCUAAUCAAGAUGAACGACCUGCUCUCUGAUUCAUUUGUUGGCGACAGUAAGGGCCAGCCUUCUCGACAAAGUGAUAUUGAGAUGGGAACCCAGAACAACCAUGAUAUGGGAAUGGAUGCUUUUAAUAAGCAGAUUGAGGAGGCUAAUAAACAGGUUGAUAAGCUAUCUGGGCUACUAAAAAAACUAAAGGAAGCUAAUGAGGAGUCCAAAUCUGUUACAAAAGCUUCAGCCAUGAAAGCUAUCAAGAAGAGGAUGGAAAAAGAUAUUGAUGAAGUUGGAAAGAUUGCACGUACAGUCAAAGCAAAAAUAGAAGCUAUAAACAAAGAUAACCUAGCCAACAGACAAAAGCCUGGUUGCGAGAAGGGAACUGGAGUUGACAGAGCGAGGAUGAACAUGACAAGUUCCUUGACAAAAAGGUUUAAGGAUCUAAUGACAGAGUUUCAGACUCUUAGACAAAGAAUACAAGAUGAAUAUCGUGAGGUUGUGGAGAGAAGAGUUAUUACAGUCACAGGAACUAGACCAGAUGAUGAGACAAUUGACCACCUGAUAGAAACUGGAAGCAGCGAGCAAAUCUUUCAGAAGGCUAUGCUAGAAACAGGACGAGGACAGGUGUUAAAUACAGUGGAAGAAAUUCAGGAGCGACAUGAUACUGUGAAAGAAAUUGAGAAAAGGCUUCUUGAUUUACACCAGAUUUACCUUGACAUGGCAGUGUUAGUUGAUGCUCAAGGAGAAAUUUUAGAUAACAUUGAAAGUCAGGUCAACAAUGCAGUCGAUCAUGUCCAGAGAGGGACAUCUGUGCUACAAAAUGCUAAGAAACUGCAGAAGAACUCUCGAAAAUGGAUGUGCAUUGCCAUCAUUAUACUAUUGUUGAUAGUAGCUAUCAUAGUUGUUGGUGUUAUCCAACCUUGGAAGAGUAGCAAGGGCGCUUGAGUGUGCUACUAUGCUCCUUGUGCAUAAAUAUAGAGUAGCAUGAUUAGUUGAGAUUUGCAAAUUUUCACGAAUUAGUCAGCGGCACAUAUUGCUUUCAUGUUUAUUUUGUCUGACACCUGGUCUGUUAUUGCUGAUGUGAUUGACUUGACUUCUGACUUAUUUAUACAUGGUUUCUUGCCUCAAAA